UCCCCAGUAAUCAAAUACCAAAAUAAAAAAUUUUCCGCUCUCUAAAAACUCACUUCAAAACCUUCGUCCAUAAGCACUCCUCUCUCUCAGAUCCACAUCUCUAUCAUUUUUCUGCACAAAAUAUUCACUUUGUACACAUAUACAUAUACCUAUACAUAAACAGAUACGUUUAUAUAGUGUACGUGGGAGAAUGGGUGGAGUGCCAUCGACGCCGCUACUGAGCGGAGGAGCGCGGCCGCAGGAGACAGCGGAGUAUCUAAUUGGAGAGUUUGUUGGGGAGAAAUCGUUCCCUUUGGGAUCCGAUUACUGGAAGAAACUGCUCGAGCUCUCCCUCAAUCUGCGAUGGCCCUCUCAUCGUGUUCGCGAAGCUUGCCGGCUCUUCGUGGUGAACAAUUGUUACACUAGACACCUUGCGAAGAUUCUAAUUCACCUAGCAUGGUGUUUGCAAGAGUGUGUUUCUGCUUCUGGUGUGCCAUCCCCAGCGUUUUCAAAAGCUCUCAAUGCAUUGUAUGUAUCCUCUGUUUUUCUGAAGUAUCUGAUUGAGAAUGCUAAGAGUGAAAACUUCCAAGAACUAUACCUGUCGCUGGAUGAAAGUGAGGCAAUACCAAAUAAUUUCUCCAAAGCAGGUGAAGAUAUUGCAUACCUCAUCAUGCACAGUGCUCUUAACUUUCUUGGCAGAGUUGAUGUACGCCCUGAUACGUAUCUUCUACAUCAUGAGCUGCUUAACUUCAUACUUAUCACCAUGUCAACUCAGCUUCUUGCUGGGCCGUCACCAGGACCAAGUGAUGUUCACCCUUUUAUUGAUGCAGCUAUGGUUCAGGAAAGUUCUUUGGUUGGUUUAGUUGUUCGCAAGCUAUUGCUCAAUUACAUCACACGCCCUUGGUUUCCUGUGAUGAGUUCAUCUUUUACCAUGUUUUCUGAAGGAAAUCAGCCUGGUGUUCUACAGCGAGUUGGCUCUGCAGCCGCAAACUUGAUGCUGUUGCCGUUCAAUUACUUAGUUAGUUCUACUGGUGAAGCUUCAAGAAGUUCACUGGCGGAAAACAGUCUUAACAUUUUACUUAUUCUUAUCCAUUAUCGAAAAUGUGUUGCGAUGGACUAUGUGAAGGAUAAAACUGAUAACAGCACUUCAGAUCCUCUUUGUAAGGAAGAAUCAUAUUUCUUGGAGAAUCCUUUCUGCAAAGCAGUAGAAAAUGCUCGUGAUAUUCAAUUUGACAGGGAGGAUGUUGAAGGGAAUGCACACAAUGGUCUAAUUGUGAGACUACCUUUUGCUUCAUUAUUUGAUACUCUUGGCACAUGCUUGGCUGAUGAAACCUCUGUUCUGCUCCUUUACUCAUUGGUGAAUGGAAAUUCAGAUUUUCUCGAGUAUGUUCUGGUGCGAAUUGAUCUGGAUACACUGCUGAUUCCGAUGCUGGAAACAUUAUAUAAUGCACCGAGAAGGACAUCCAAUCAUAUCUAUAUGGUGCUGAUUAUCCUUCUUAUACUAAGUCAGGAUUCCUCUUUUAAUUCCAGCAUCUACAAAUUGGUUCUACCUAAUGUUCCAUGGUAUCAAGAACGACUUCUUCAUCAAACAUCUCUUGGUUCUCUCAUGGUCAUAAUUUUAAUUAAAACAGUGAAAUACAAUCUCUCUAAGCUGCGGGAUGUUUAUCUCCAUACAAAUUGUCUUGCAACUUUGGCAAAUAUGGCACCUCAUGUUCACCGUCUAAGUGCAUAUGCAUCACAGCGGUUGGUUAGCCUUUUUGAUAUGCUUUCGCGCAAGUACAAUAAAUUAGCAGAGAUUAAAAAUGACAAGAUGCAUAUAGCAGACAGUGAGCUAAGAGGAGAUAAUCUUCCAGAUGAUUCAGCUGCAGAACUGCACCUAUAUGCUGAUUUCUUGAGACUUGUACUUGAAAUACUAAACGCAAUAUUAACUUAUGCCUUGCCACGGAAUCCUGAGGUGGUUUAUGCAAUUAUGCACAGGCAGGAGGUUUUCCUACCUUUCAAGAAUCACCCACGUUUUAACGAGCUGCUGGAGAACAUUUUUACUGUCUUGGACUUCUUCAAUAGCCGCAUGGAUGCACAAAAGAUGGAUGGUGAAUGGUCAGUUGAGAAAGUGCUUGAAAUCAUAAUAAAUAACUGUCGAUCUUGGAGAGGUGAAGGCAUGAAGAUGUUUACACAAUUACGUUUCACCUACGAGCAAGAGAAUCAUCCUGAGGAAUUCUUCAUACCAUAUGUGUGGCAGAUUGUAUUGUCUCGCAGUGGAUUAAGUUUCAAUCCCACCAGCAUAAAUUUGUUCCCGGUAGAACUACCCACGAGUGAUAUUUACAGUGGAGGGGACAUAGGGAAGCUCCAGAAUGAACAGACGGUGGAGGUGCCGGUAUAGUGAAUCAAAAGGCCAACUGAAGAAAAAGUUUAUGUACAUAAAUAUAAUAGGAAUUUUCGAUUUGUUUUUUUAUACGAUUGGUUGAGUGUAAAAAGGUCUUAUGUUUUUUUGGUGAUUAUGGUCACUGUUGUAAUGAAUAAGAGAGAUUGCUGAAAUGACAAGAUCGAAAAAGAAAUGAGCAUAUUAUUUUAUUGUAGAGUAAUUUAAAACUUCCUUCAUCCAUCCAAUGAAGUCAAGUUUCCUUA